UCCACCUUAUAGUCAAGUAACUCUCCUUAUUUGUUUCUCUGUGCAACAAAAAUGGCAAAGGCACCAGAACAAGAACAUCCUGUUAAAGCAUUUGGCUGGGCUGCCAGAGACAGCACAUCAGGGCAUCUCUCUCCCUUCAACUUCUCCAGAAGGGCAACAGGUGAUGAGGACGUGCGGUUUAAGGUGUUGUUCUGUGGCAUAUGCCACUCUGACCUUCACAGCAUUAAGAAUGAUUGGGGCUUCUCUACAUACCCUAUAGUUCCUGGGCACGAGAUUGUUGGGGAAGUGACAGAAGUGGGAAGCAAAGUGAAGAAAGUGAAAGUGGGAGAUAAAGUUGGUGUGGGUUGUAUGGUUGGUGCUUGCCAUGCCUGCGACAACUGCAACAACGACCUUGAAAACUACUGCCCCAAAAUGUUACUUACCUACAAUUCCGUUUACACUGAUGGAACACUCACAUAUGGAGGCUACUCAGAUUCGAUGGUCGCCAACGAGCGCUACAUCGUGCGUUUCCCUGAGAACAUGCCACUGGAUGCUGGUGCUCCUCUACUCUGUGCUGGGAUCACAGUUUAUAGUCCCUUGAAAUAUUUUGGCUUGGCAGAGCCAGGCAAGCAUGUUGGCAUCGUAGGGCUUGGUGGGCUGGGGCAUGUGGGAGUCAAAUUUGCAAAGGCACUUGGGGAAAAAGUGACUGUGAUUAGUACUUCCCCUAGCAAGAAAGAUGAAGCUUUGAAUCAACUUGGUGCUCAUUCAUUCUUGGUUAGCAGCGACCAGGACCAAAUGCAGGCUGCCAUGGGCACAUUGGAUGGCAUCAUUGACACAGUGUCUGCUGUUCAUCCCAUUGUGCCAUUGAUUGGUCUUUUGAAGUCUCAUGGGAAGCUUAUUCUAGUAGGUGCACCAGAAAAGCCACUUGAGCUCCCUGUGUUUCCUUUAAUCAUGGGAAGGAAGGUGUUGGCGGGUAGUGGAAUUGGAGGCAUGAAGGAGACACAAGAGAUGAUUGAUUUCGCCGUGUUAAGUGGCUUGCCACAUGUCACGAAACUAGCAAGAAAAUAA